AUUCUGACUUAGCCAACAAAUCAGUAAUGCAUCAGUGGCUGGUCAUUUGAGGCCAAGAUUUUGCUGGCCCUUGGACUUUCUAAAUUUGUUCAUCCCUUACAUACUCACCGCUGGCUUAUUUAUAUCUUAAAGUGGGCAAAUAGCAACAAGAACCUAACUGAGUCAAAGCAAAAUGUUCAGCUGACUCACUGUUUCUUAGAGGUUCAUGCUCAUUUUGACCUAUGUGAAACUCAUAUUUUACCUGAGAUAUCUUACACAUCUAAAUGAAGCUAUACUUAUAUCAACAGUGAGUUUUAAGCUGAAUUGCUUGUCUAAUUAGAUUAUAAUUUGUUAUGUAUCAGGAUCAAUUAAGGCUGGUUAAUUUGGUUUACUGAAACACGUGUCAAAACUCUGCAGAAGCUCACCACAGUAACUCAGUAGCUCGAAGAGAACAAAGUAGGACUCCCAAUGGUCUGAUAUUUCCUUCCUCAGGAAAAGAAAAAGAGUUGCUUGCUGAGAUAAGAUUUUCCACUUCCCAUCGCCGACAGAGUUCAGUAGAGAAUGAUCACACCCUGCAGUCUGUAGUAACUAGCUUCAUUUUCAAGUUCCUCCCAGAGAUUAAUUGUCUCUGUUCAAGGUACGUGCCCUCUCAAAUUCUCAACAUUUUCAGCUCAGUAAAUUACUAAAUGAUGUAUGUUUGGGGUAGAGGGAGGUUGGGAUGCUGAUAAUAAUUGUGGGCUUGUCUAAACAGAGUAUUUGAGCAACAAGCCAGAUCAUACCAUUUUUGGACAUGAUCCUGCAAUCCUGUUGAUCCUGCGGAGUUUAAAGUAUUUAAAUCUGUUGCAGCUAUUCGUGUGCAGACAAGAGGCAGGAAGAGUCUUUCAACAUGUGGGAUACAAGAAAACUGCCUCUGGCUGUGUUCAUCUUCACAGUACUUUCUCAUAAAGUGAGUAUCAUUUCUUUCUGGUAUCAAGUUUUUCUGAAUUCAUAUCUCAGUGUCAAACCCUGCUUCUUUUCCAAGGGGAUGUCAAAGAGCCCAGAACUGGACAUGGCCCCGGACGCUGUCGAUGACCUGUACAACGGAUGCCGUGAGGAGGCAAUGAAGAAGUUCAUAGAGUCAGGCGUGUUAAAACAAGAGCUGGAAAAGAAUGAGGGAUUCAAGACGACAUGGACUGAAAAACGCGAGUGCUCCGGACUAAUCCCAGGAGGAACAAAAGAACACACUACUGCUCUUUCAUUGAUGGGCGACGAGUAUGGCAGCUUCAAAAAGACCUUCAACAAUGCAGUGAAGACGAUGGGCACAAAUGUGAGCACAUAUGAAAACUUUGCCUUCAAGUCCCUUCAUUUCCUACUUAUUGAUUCCAUGAAGCUUGCACAAAAACUGAAUGAAAAGCAGUGCCUAACUGUGUAUUAUCUCUCAGAGGUUGAACUCACAGCAAAAGAAGGCUCAAAGAUCAGAUUUGGAGGGUUCACUGUAGCCUCUAAUAGCUAUGGAGAUCUAAAGACAUUGGAGGACUGGCAUGAACGAACCAUUUUUAAUAUCACUACAUGCUUGUAUUUCAACCUGGAAAACAUUUGCAGUGAUGAUAAAUAUAUGGUACUCUUAUCUCCAGCUGAAGUGUACACUGUCAAGUCUGUGAAAAAAGUCACAGAAGAUGAUCCUGUAUAUACUGAGAUUGUUUUGGAACAACCAGAGAUGGGCAACCAACACAACUGCUACAUCUUCUCACGGUAAGACUCGACUUUCUUUGAUAAGGAUGUAAUUUUUAGUUUAAUCUAUCUAAUAAUAAGGAAAUACAAGUGAGUUUGAGUCAGGAUGCUUACUCUAUUAGUAAAAUUUGCACUGCUGCAUACAGAACUUGUCUCGUAUUUGCAGCUCAGCAACUCAAAGUUACAUCUGAGAGGUCAUCUGACAUGUUUUGAAGACCUCUGAGACUAUGUCUGACUGUUGCAAUCAUAAAGUAAUAUUAAUGGGCAAUCCCUCUUAGUUAACUGGUUGUCACCGUAGGAAGCUGUCAAUAAAAGGACCUCAUGAGCCUAGAAAAAAUUCCUACUUAAUGUUUAAUUUUAUUAUUAACAAAAGGAAAAUUGUGCUGUUAUGAUGAGGACUUGAAACUGGCAAGUUGGACCAUAAAAGUUAUAAGUUAACAGAAGUAAUAAAUCAACAGGGCCUUUUUUUUCAACUGGUCACCUGACUCUUUUGGAACUUCGUCUAUAGAAUUAACAGGAGUCUGAUUGUGCUGUAAGUACUUCUCCUGAUAGUACAUGCACAUCAACCACCUAAACAUGAUGGAAGAGCAGCCCUGUUAACUGUCUGAGAGGUAAACUAUAUAAGAGUUAUUGAAAGGGACUUUGCUGAUCACUGAUUGGUGCUCCUAAGCAGAUGACAUAUCUUAAAGUUAAGCUCCGCCCACAUAAAAAAAGAGAGUGAGUGGGGUACAGAAAAAAACACAGAGGGAUACAUUAGCAUAUACCGUUUAAAUAACCAAUGAUUUUGAAGCUAAGGUGUGUGUGUGUGUGUGUGUGUGUGUGUGUGUGUGUGUGUGUGUGUGUGUGUGUGUGUGUGUUAGCAGAUUUUAUAUUUCAGGGUAUAAAAACAUACUGAUGCUACAAUGUCUCUCACCAUUUCUCUCCUCCCCUCUCUGUCCAUCAAUCCAGGUCCCCAGCUGAUGUUUCUACACUGUGGCUGGUGUUGCUGCUGGCUGUUUUACCUCCUCUUUUAUAGCCGCCUCAGAGAAAUGAAGGAAAAAUAUAGGGAUUUCAGGCUGAUCUGAAACACUGCAAAACAAUACUGUUUUGUCUGUAAGAACAAACAGUAAACAAUACGCUCUCUCUGAUUUCUAUGGUUAAAGGCGCUGCAUGCUUGUAGUCUGCUGUAAAAUUAGUCGUAUCACUGUUUGAUAUUUCAUCAAUCAUGAGGUUUUUUUUAGGUUUAACAACAAAAACAUUAUCCAUGAUGAAUGCCUAUUUCUAUUUUUUAUGUUUACUUUUUUACAUUUUAUGUUCUAGUUGCAGCUUACAUGAGUAUAAUGGCAGCAAAUGAGUGAAGAGGUAUAGCAAAUGAAUGAAGUAGUCAGCACUGUAGCUACAGAAAUAUGUCAAUUUCUGCUGAUAUUUACAGCUUUUACAUAUGCCUAUGAGGUGAGCUGUAAAUGAUUAAACUGCUUGAACUAUA